AAAAAGGGAGGAAGAGAAUGGAGAGUGAAGUAGCAGCGGCGACGAAAAGUGAAGCAGAGACCCCGGCGACGUACAUUGGACUGAACACGAGAGCUCGGAGAGCUAAGCUUACCAACGGGUUUAGGUUACCAUCUUCGCAGCAAAAGAGAAGCACCGAGAAGAAGAAGCAGAAGAGUCACAAACCAGUCUUUGACAACAAGUACUCUCAGUGGAAGACUCUUGUUCCCAUUCUCUAUGACUCACUCUCCAACCAUAGACUCGUCUGGCCUUCCCUCUCUUGCAGAUGGGGACCACAGUUUGAGCAAGCAUCUUCGACGAAUCAGCAGCGUCUCUAUUUCACGGAACAAACUGACGGAAGUGUGCCUAAUACCUUGGUCGUAGCUAAUUGCGAAGCUGUUAAGAGACAGCUUAAUGGAGAAGCAUGCUCUCCAUCUGUGAAGAAGUACAAGACAAUAAUCCACCCUGGAGAGGUCAACAGAAUCAGGGAACUGCCACAAAAUAGUAAGAUUGUAGCUACUCACACCGACAGUCCUGAUGUUCUCAUUUGGGACACUGAGACUCAACCAGAUAGACAUGCUGUGUUUGGAGCUCCGCAUUCUCGUCCUGAUUUGAUACUAACUGGACACCAGGAUAAUGCUGAAUUUGCUCUUGCAAUGUUCCCAACCGAACCUUUUGUUCUUUCUGGAGGCAAGGACAAGUCAGUUGUUUUGUGGAGUAUCCAAGAUCAUAUCUCAACAGCUUGUUCAGAUUCCAAAUCCCCUGGAUCUAGCAUCAAACAGAUUGGUGAAGAUAGUAAUAAAACUGGUGGUCGUUCUGUUGGCCCUCGAGGUGUAUAUCAUGGCCACGAAGAUACAGUUGAAGAUGUGUCAUUCUGUCCAUCUAAUGCCCAGGAGUUCUGCAGUGUUGGUGACGAUUCUUGUCUUAUACUAUGGGAUGCGCGAACCGGCACAGGUCCUGCCAUGAAGGUUGUGAAAGCACAUGAUGCUGAUCUUCACUGUGUCGAUUGGAAUCCUCAUGACAACAAUCUGAUUCUCACAGGGUCAGCAGAUAACACUGUCCGUUUGUUUGACCGCCGAAACCUGACCUCAAAUGGGGUUGGAUCUCCUAUCUACAUAUUUGAAGGCCACAAAGCUGCUGUUCUUUCUGUUCAGUGGUCUCCUGCUAAAUCAUCUGUUUUUGGGAGUUCUGCAGAAGAUGGUCUGUUGAACAUAUGGGAUUAUGACAAGGUCGGCAAGAAGUCUGCGCGUGCAUCCAAAAGCCCUCCUGGUCUUUUCUUCCAGCAUGCUGGUCACAGGGACAACGUAGUCGACUUCCACUGGAACGUAUUGGAACCUUGGACUAUUGUCAGUGUUUCUGGUAACUGUGAGAGUAACGGUGGGGGUGGUACACUGCAGAUAUGGCGGAUGAGUGACUUGAUUUACAGACCGGAAGAUGAAGUACUGACAGAGCUAGAGGACUUCAAGUCACAGGUUUUCUCAUGUGCCUCGAAGCAAUCAUCCCGUGACUAGUUAGUACGUUGAUGUGGUUUAGGUGUCAGUCAGUAUUUUGCGGAGGAACACUGGCUCACGUAUAUGCGGUUUAAGUAUUAAUUUUGCGGAGAAAUUAUUUGGUUUAUGUAGGCCAGUAAUUCAAACUACUGGUAGGCUUAGGACUAUCCGGAAUCGUUUAGGGUUCUUCAUCCUGUUUCUUCAGGUUAAACGUAGGCACUUAACUUAUGUUCAAUCAUUGUUGUGAAUCCCAAAACUUGACCAACAUAUUGAAAUCCAG